GGACCCUUUUAUAAUGUUUUAUAUAUUCCUUCAGCUUGGUGCAGCUUCAUGUUAUUAACCUCUCUCACUCUCUUUGGAUGAACAUCUUCUCUUCCACCACUUUAUGAGAGAGAAAUAGAGAUGGAGCUCACUCAACAUGGUUUCUUGGAGGAAUUACUUGCUCCUAGAAAAGACACUACUUGGAACACUUUUCCUAAUGGAGUGAACGAGUUCUUCCCUGGUGGGUGGAACUUUGAUUCUUUGGAAGAGAACCCAGUGUUGGCUACUCCAAACCCUCCAUUUCUAGGAUUCUCCACACCCUUUGAAUGUAAUUUCAGUGACCAAGCAUACCCUUUUCUUGAUGGGUUCUCAGAGAUUGAAGCAUCAUACACCAAGAACGACAAGCCACCAUUUCCAUCCCAAGAGGAUUACCCAUCGAUGGUGGAGGAUGAAGACCUUGGUUUUCUUGGCAGUGAAAAUCACAGCAUGGAAGACAACAAUAAUGGCUGCAAAGUUGAGAUGGAACAAGCCUCUGACAUUCCAGCUGCUUUCAACAUGGAUUUGUGUGGGGAGAAAAGAAGCAAGUCCAAGAAGUUGGAAGGCCAGCCCUCUAAGAAUCUUAUGGCAGAAAGAAGACGAAGGAAGCGCUUAAAUGACCGCCUUUCUAUGCUCAGAUCAAUAGUCCCUAAGAUUAGCAAGAUGGACAGAACAUCUAUACUUGGAGAUGCCAUAGAUUAUAUGAAAGAGCUUCUGGAAAGAAUCAAUAAAUUGAAAGCAGAAAACAUGGAAGAGGGUACAGAUCAGAUUGAUUUAAUGGGGUCCAAGGAGCUAAAGCCAAAUGAAGUAUUGGUGAGAAAUUCCCCCAAGUUUAAUGUGGAGAGGAGGGAUAUGGAUACCCGGAUUGGGAUAUGCUGUGCAGCUAAGCCAGGAUUGUUGCUAUCAACAGUGAACACGCUAGAAGCACUAGGCCUUGAGAUUCAACAGUGUGUUAUAAGCUGCUUCAAUGACUUUUCAGUGCAUGCUUCUUGUUCUGAGGGAGCUCCGGAGCGAGAACUGAUAAGUUCUGAAGACAUAAAGCAGGCAUUGUUUAGAAAUGCAGGCUAUGGAGGAAGAUGUUUGUAGAAGAAAAGGAUGAAGAGAGAUUGCUGGGGUUACUUAACAGGGCUUGAAGAGAUAAAAAGAUUCAUGGAAACAAUCUUAAGUUGCUCUUCUUCAAGGAAUUUUGCAAGUGAGAAGUUGUAAUAGUAUUCUCUUUGAAUAAGUGUUGCUCAUUCAUCAGGUCCAUCCCACAACCUAUGAUGUAUUGUCCAGUGCAUUUUUUUUUUUUUUUCUUUCAAUUUAAGGAUAUUUGUUCCUAGUCUAACUCAACUGAUAUACAAAUAAUAAAUAAUAAAAGCAGUUUGUCAAAAAAUUGUUUUCAAUACAAUCAGAAUGUAUAUGGAAUAAAUGCACAUAAUUUGGUGAUU